GUCCGUCGUAUCUGUUGUUAGCCAACAAUAGCCGGUUAGUUUCAACAGUUUCGAUUUCAUUCUCUUGAUAGCUAACGCAUGCUAACGUCCCAAAGCGGACGGAGUUUUUCGCUUCCACCUUUGCUAUACCUUUGUUUGUGGUUAAGUCUGCAUUGAGCCGACUCCAUCUUCCCGCUCAACUCAUGAAGUGAUGAUAUGGUGAAGUAUUGUACUGCCGUGGAGGAGAAAGCCGUAGCUCGUCGUAGUCCUUCCGGGCCCUGCUUUCACUUGUUUUGUAGCAGUGCGUGUGUUUGUUUAGGUAUAGCAGAGACAGCAUGCGAGCUCGCAGGGGCAGAGGCCGUGCGGGUGACAGAUACGACCGACGUCAAACUGGACGUGGUGAUACGAUCGAUGCUCCACGACAGACAACUGUCAUAGGAACGUGUCAGGAUAUGUGCCCGCCGCGAGAACGCCAGUGGCGUGAAAAAGAGCGCCUCCUCCACCCUUUCGAGAUCGCCGAAGGCACCGAAAGUGAUGUCCGGCCCAAGGCUGACAGAAACAAAGCCAUCAAGCAGUUCUCCAGAUCGGCUGCUGGACAGAGAGAGGCCACUCCUGAUGAAUUGAGGCCGCCACAAGUUUUGCUCAUGACAACAGCAUACUUAAUGCGCGUGAUCGCCCCGUCGUGCAGUGGUGACAGUUGGGCUGACACAUACCACUUUGUGUGGGACAGAUUGUGGGCUGUGCGCCAGGACAUGACCAUCCAGGAUCUGAAUGGUGGCGACUGCAUCGAAAUACUUGAACAGGCUGUGCGUUUUUACGUCUAUUCGGCCUUCAGGUGCUUUGAAGAAGAUGUGAAUGCCUUUGAUCCUCACAUCAACAGCCAGCACCUACAGGAGUGUUUGAAACGUCUGUUAAUCCAGUACCAACAGUCCACUGUAGACCAGUGCAGGAACAGACCAGAAAUGGAAGCCAUCUACAUUCUUCACAACCUGGGAUCAUUUGAAGCUCUAAAUCAUGCGCUAACCCUUCCAAAGGAAAUAAGAAAUCAUUCUUUGGUCAAGAUUUCUCUGGACACAAGCCUAGCACACAGGAAAGGAAAUUUUAUCAGAGUCCUGAAAAACUAUAGGACCCUUCCCUCUCUUCUUGCUUGCGCUUUGCACUCGCAUUUGGAGCUCAUUCGAAGAACAGCACUGCAGGUUAUGACAGUGGCAUUCAGUUCCAAGAACUGCAAGUUCCCCCUGUCCGUGUUGGGCCACUGGCUUUCUUGCUCUGAUCACACUGCAAGGGAACUGUGCCGUCUCUACCAGCUACCAGUCCAAGAUUCGGAAGUCAAUUUUCUCAAAGGUCGUGGAGAUUUCACAUUAAAACAACUUAAAAAGCACCACGAUUCAGCCCUCAUGAAGGUCUUAUCAGCGACUGACAUUGGCACUUUACUCUGUCCUGAUGACAAAAGACAGCCAAGUCAACUGAGGUGACGACAGAUGACCACAGUUGUGUGUGACAGGGACAUGCUUCACUGUGUUGAAAGCCAGGGCAAGAACUUCACCUAAUUUAUUUACGCAUCACAAUAAACAUGCUCAUUUUCAUAAACCGA